AUGGCUAGUGGUAUAAAACGUAAAGGGCUAUCGAUUUCGGGCAAACUUAACAUUUUGAAGAAGUACGAUGAAGGAUUAAUUGAGAAAAAAAAACAAAAGGAUAUUGCUAAUGAACUGGGGAUACCUCCUUCUACUUUAAAAACUUUAUUGAAAAACAUACAUGAAAUAGAACAAAGCAGCAUGUUAGGUGGCAGCAAACAACAAAAAUUAAAACACGGGAAGUAUGAAAAGUUGGAAAAUCUUUUAUUGGAGUGGUUUCAACAAGCUUGCAGUUUAAAUUAUCCAAUAAAUGGAGGUGUAAUCACGAAAAAGGCAAUGGAGAUUGCCACACAUCUUAACUUAACCGAAUUUAGUGGAUCGGCUGAUUGGCUGGAUAAAUUUCGGAGUAGUCAUGGCAUUGUCUACCGGCAAAUUUCAGGUGAGGCUGAAUCUGUUAAUAAUGAUGAUAAAGCUUCUUGGAAAAAUAACGCGAAGCCUUAA